UAGCAGGUAUGCGAAAUGUUUGGCUACAUCAUUGCUGGACAGUUGCCAAACACGAACUUUGAACGAGUCUCGGAGACUGAAUUCCUCUCCAAUCUAACGGUAACAAGCAGUGCACUUCACAUUGUUGUUUUCGUGUCGGAACCAUUUCCCGAGGGUUACGGAGGAGCUAUCUACUUUAACUGGCCCAACCCCGAGCCCACAUGGCAAUACCUGGGUUACAUAUCUAACUCCAAACCCUCAGCCAUAUUCAAGGCUUCUCAACUGAAAUCUGGGGCUAAUGGCCCGGGAGGUUCACGUCAGAUGUUUGGGGUGAGCGCUGGUGGGAAUCAACCUCAACUAGGUAUAUCAGCACUGCAGCUGAGCGAGAUAGAGCAGCUUACCGCAGCAAAUGACAGCUCCGCCCUUACUGUGUCUUCUAACGUGCUGUUCGUUCAGACAAUGUUAGAGAACCUAUACAACUAUUUAUCGAGUUUUGCUGUAACUCAACAGCAGAUGACAGCUUCUUCGGAGCAUUGGGUUAAAGUCAGUGCGGUCAACCAGUGGUAUGAAAGAUUUAAAACUAGGAUGACAAAUAAUCCUAACUUUUGGAAGAAGUAAUUUGUGAUUUGUUAUUUUGGGGUAUUAUUUAACACAAAUGUAUUAACCAUAUUUUGAAGGUAAAUUCCGGGUCUCUAAAUUAUUGCGAUGGUUAAUUAUUUUUAGCUGUUGAAUUCUCUUUCUGAAUCUAUUGAAAGAGUAUUUUUUAUAAAAAUUGGUACAUAACUCAUAAGGCCAUUGGGAAUUAUUAUAUAUUUCUAUUUUAUUUGUAUAACUAAAUUAUUGUCUUCGUUUUUCAAUAUUUUUUCUCAC